UAUCAAUAAUUAUAUAGAAUCAUACAUGAGUCAUACGUCUGUUGGUGGAUAUUGGAUAAUGGAUAUGCACUUUUUGUUAUCUCGUAGGUCGUCCGUAGAACAAUGCGCGUGAAAUUUGUAUUUUGAUAACAUCAUUGAUAUUACGCAAUGUCUAUUCUUUGUUCGUAAACAUUAAUCUUUAGAACAGGCUCAUAAAUCAUAAUAUAUAAUUAAUAAAUAAGUAAUAAUAUUGUUGUUACCGCAUUGAUACAAAAUAUAAUAUUUCAUCUUAAUUCGUAAGAACGGUUUUUGGACAUCGAAAACGCAGUAUUUAUUUUACAUUUAUCGUAUCACUUGAAUAACAUACCUAGACGACGAGGUAAAAAUAUAUAUAGAAACUUUGUUCCUAUUUCGAUCGACCUAUCAUCCAUUAAUAUGGAGAAUGAUUAUUGUUGCAGAAUGGUGAUAGUGUAUCUGUAGUGACCUUUGAAGGUAGCAUCCAGGAGCCAGAGAAAAACAGUGGUGCAGUGGAAGUCUUGGAGCCUGAGGACAAGACCAAAUUCAGACUGACUUUGGAACCUAUUAUGAUGUUAUUGCUCCUGGGGAUAAAUGUCAGUAUAAUGGUGCAGACUAACCUAAUUGAAGAACGUGUAUGCCUCCAUAGUGAUCUUGUGAACAAUAAGUCUGUAAAUUGUUAUAAUAUGACUGCAGCAGAACAAGAAAUAGUUCAACCAGCUGUGGCAAAUUUGCAGAUGAUUAAAAAUCUUAUUGAAACAUUGGUGCCUUGUGUAACUGCAUUGUUUUUAGGUCCAUGGAGUGAUAUUAACGGUCGUUUGCCUUUAUUUUUAGCAGCUAUCUCAGGUAUGGUAGUAUCUAACUGUAUGUACUGUGUAUUUUCUACAAUUCCUAGUCUACCUCCAGUAAUGUUUUUACUGUGCAGUAUACCUAUUGCUAUAAGUGGUGGUGGUGGUGCAUUGUUUAUAGCUUCAUUUUGUUAUAUUGUUGACAUUACUGAUUUCAAAACCAGAGCUUACAGAUUAGGUGUAUUGCAAACUUUUAUAUCUUUUGGCUCAAUUAUUGGAUCAAUACUAAGUCCUAUGUUAUAUAGCAAGUCAUCUACUUAUGCUUUUGCCUUAAGUGCAAUGUUCACAAUAACUGGACUUCUUUACACAUCUCUUUUUCUCAAAGAAACUGUUAUCAUAAAAAAAGGUGUAAAUACAAAACUUUUCAAUCUCAGUCUAGUAAAAAAUAUGUGGGAAACUGUUGUGAAAAAAAGAUUUGGAUUUUUAAGAAGCAUAAUUAUUCUUUCUGCUGUGGUAUUAACUUUAAAUUUGGCCAUUGUAAUGGGCGAGGAUUCAUUGAUGUAUAUGUACCUACAAAAACAAUUUUCAUGGACUUUAGAAAAUUAUACUCUAUUUAAUGCUUAUGCAACAUUAUUAAGUGCUAGUAUUCCUGCAAUUGGGUUGUAUGUAUUGAGUACUAAACUUGAAAUACCAGACAUGUAUCUUGCUACUGCUGCUACAGGACUACGAAUCAUAGAAAAAGUUUUUUUAGCGUACUCGCGAUAUACAUGGCAAUUUUAUAUAGCAAAGAUUUUUGGUUGUGUAGUAUUGACCAGUGAACCACUAGUUCGAUCUCAAUUAUCCAAGAGUUUUCCAUCUGAAGAUUUAGGUAAAAUAUAUGCAUUCAUAAGCGUGAUUGAAGGUUUUGGUACAUUACUUGGUUCCCCAAUAUAUACCACAUUGUAUAAUAUGACAAUCCAUAACUUUGCCAAUUUUAUAUUUUUCCUAUCAGCAGUAUUUGGCACAUUUGUUUUAGGCUUCUACAUAAUUAUAUUGUUCUUGCUUUCAAAAAGUUCCAAGACACAGGAUUUAUUAAUUGUGAACUAAUUAUUAAACAAAGAAAAUAUAUAUAUAUAUUUUUUUUUUGUAUUCAAUGUACUAUUA